GGCCCGCCACCGCCUUUGUCCUAGCAAAAUCCAAUGGUUUCAGACGUGGUUACUUUCAAAACCCUAGUCCCAAACAUGGUUUCCAGCGAGCGUGAGCAGAGAGGGUGCGGAGGAGGAAGGAAGACGAAGACUAUUAGGAAAAUGAAAGCACGGAUCUGAAAUUUCUAGGUCUCCAUUUUGUCUCCAACCUUGUUCCAAUCUGGGGCCCAAAAAUCAGGAUCUGAAAUUUUAUACCUAAUAUAUGAAAAUCUCAAUCUAGCGACAAAAGAAAUUGCAUGACCCUUCAAACUUUCAAAUUGGGUAACGGGCAACGGGUGCCCCACAUCCAUUAAUCACGCGGUUCCCUGUGAAAGUGAAACUGUCUCCUCCCCUCAUUUCGAAACCGAAAGAGCCUCCAAACAUUCUUCUCAAUUUCUUUCAGUUUUCACAUUCCUAUUAGCCGAUCUCCGCAUUCAUUCACCGCAUUCAUACACAGAAAGAGGGCUACGGAGAGAUCUGCAAUCAUCCGAGAUGGCGGCAGCACCGACGGCGCGUGAGGAGAACGUCUACUUGGCGAAGCUGGCAGAGCAGGCGGAGAGGUACGACGAGAUGGUGGAGUACAUGGAGAAGGUCUCCGCCUCGCUCGGCGAUUCUGAGGAGUUGACGGUGGAGGAGCGCAACCUCCUCUCCGUCGCCUACAAGAACGUUAUCGGGGCCCGCCGGGCGUCUUGGCGGAUCAUAUCCUCGAUCGAGCAGAAGGAGGAAUCCAGGGGAAACGAGGACCACGUCAGCGCGAUCCGCGAUUACAGAUCGAAGAUCGAGAAGGAGCUCUCCGGCAUCUGCGAUGGCAUUCUCAAGCUCCUGGAUUCUAGGCUUAUCCCGUCCGCUUCGGCUGCAGAUUCCAAGGUGUUCUACCUCAAGAUGAAUGGAGAUUACCACCGCUACCUGGCUGAGUUCAAGACCGGCUCCGAGCGUAAGGAGGCUGCUGAGCGAACCCUCUCUGCGUAUAAAGCUGCUCAGGACAUUGGAAAUGCUGAACUCGCACCAACACACCCCAUCCGCCUUGGGCUGGCUCUCAACUUCUCUGUGUUUUAUUAUGAGAUUUUGAAUUCUCCUGACCGUGCUUGUAAUCUCGCCAAACAGGCCUUUGAUGAAGCAAUUGCCGAGUUAGACACUUUGGGGGAGGAGUCAUACAAGGAUAGCACCUUGAUCAUGCAACUUCUUCGUGAUAAUCUCACUCUAUGGACAUCAGACAUGCAGGAUGAUGGAGCUGAUGAAAUCAAGGAAGCUCCCAAAAAAGAUGAUGACCAAAAUUGAUUGUGUGUGUGGUUUUCAUUGUAUUGGCAUUUCAUUGCUUUUCUCCAUCAUUGUCCGGAGAAGCUUACUUUUUAUUUCCCAGUAUAGGAUUUUCAGUUUUAGGGGUUAUAUUCUGUUUCAAACGAUCAGAUUUCUAAUGCUAAUGCCUUUU